AUGGAAUUCUUGAGCAACAUAUAUGACAAGGUCCUGUCCGGUUAUGUGUCCACCGAUGUGUUUAAAUAUAAGACGUGGCAAGAAGGCGUGCUAGGGAAAGAACGAAGCGGCUGCAAUGGCGAAGGAAACGAUAAUGACACGGACACUGUGAAGAGGAAGCUAGAAGAAAUUUUGGGGACCUUCGUGAAAAAUGGAAAAAUAUCACACGCUCUGUGGGCCCAACACAAAAUGUUCAUAGGAGACGAAGGAAUAUAUGUCCUAGGGGAAGUGAUAACCAUAUGUCAAAUUGUGAAGUUCGUGGACGCAGACGACCUGGUUGAAAUAAACAGCAACGAAGAAUUCAAGGCGAACAUUUUGGAAGAGUUAAAAAGGAGGUUAAACAUAAAAAGGAAAACGGAAAUGUUGGAGGAGAAAAUUAUUACAAACAUAUCCAUGUGUAACAGCAAUUUUGAUGAAGAUGACGGGGAUGAUGACGCGAAUGACGACUGGAAUAAGGACGAGCAUGGUGACGAUCAUGAGGGGGAUGCAGAUGGGGACCGUGGAGGUGGUGGUCGUGGCUUCGGCGAAGCGAGCAGGAUGGACAAAAGGAGGAAGAAAAAGAAACGAGAUAAUCACAAUGAUAAGGACAAUAACGAUGAUGAAAGUAGCUACAAUGAUAGCAGUUACAAUGACAACAUCUACAAUGACAGCAGCUGUAACGACCAUCAACGUGACGACAGCCAACAUGAUGACUGCAAGCUGGGAGACAAAAACGCCGUGUCCAAUUUCGUCGAAAUGCUAUGCGCAGGAAAGACGAAUAAAUUUGGCUUUUGCGAAUACGACCAAAAGUUCAAUGACAGAUGCAAUCUAAAGAAUAGUAAAAACGACCGCAAGUCGUCCAAGUCGUUAGAACACUGUAUAUUACCCUUUCGCGAAGAUUAUGAACACAAAUAUGUGUGCCUGGUACUGAACCAUUCAGGGAAACGAGAAGCGAGGAUAUUACGAUUUAGUAGGAACUGUGUAAGUACAAAUAAAUUACUGGACACGCUAAAAGGAACAGUUACCUUCUUAAAUGAGCUACGAUUUUUGUUUAAAUUUUUUAGAUCACAGGUGGUGUUAAAAGAUAGGAUUUAUGGAGAAUUCUGUGCAUAUAUAAAAUUCCAUAGGAGUGAUCCUAACUUUAGUGGCACGAAAGCCAUGAAUGAAUUUUUUAAUUCGCUAAAUGAUAGUGCACUGAAGCAGCUCUUCUUUGGCCUGAAUGAACAGAAUUUGAAUUUGCUAGAAGAAGCAAUAUCCUAUUGCCCCAUCGCUACUUUUUCCUUCUUUAAAAAUAUUAAGCUUUUGAAAAAGAUCAAUGUGAAUGCCACUAGGCGGACGUGGAAGGGUGUUUGCGGGUUGCAAAGGUUGUACAAAAAUUUGAAGAAGGUGCGGGAAAAAAUGGCGCUGGAAGAUCCCCGAUUCUUCCUCGAGGAGUACGACUCCUCCUGCGUUGGCAGCAUCGGCAACAUUGAUGCCAAUCGCAACGGUAACCGUAAUGGUAAUGGCAACCGCGAUCAGGGAAACAACGAUCAGGGAGACUACCAUCAGAGAGACUACGAUCAGGACAAUCAUCACAGCAACAGUCAUACUUAUCCCCCCUCCAGCGAGCACGUGCGACUGGCACACGCACAAGGUAAUAAUUCCGAUCCCCGUGAAACGAAUUUGCUGCAUGCGAAAGAAAGAGAGUUAGCCUUUAGGAGCAGUAGUAGCAGUGUUCACGCCGGUGGAACGAGCGCCAGUGCCGUCGCGAGUUCGACCGCCUGCACGAGUACGUGUUCUAUUGCGUACACCGUUAACAAUUACAACCAUAGUAGCGGUCACGUAAGCAGCGACCACGUGAACAGCGGCAUCGUAGGCCUAGGCAACAAAAAAAAUAAAAGCGAUUUAUUUAGCGAUAAAUCAGAAAAUAAAGAAUACAACCAUCAAAUGUAUAGUAACUCAUUAGAUUUACACAGUGAAGAGAAAAAAACGAAAAAUUUAGAAAUUAACAAACUAAAUGACACCUGUUUAUAUGUUACCUCAGAUGAAGAGAGUCUUCAAAUGGCCAAGAGUAACAACAUCACGAGUGAGUUAAGCAGCGCGAACAGAACUAUCGAAGAAAAUAAUAAAACGUUACUAGAUCAAACCAAUAAAAUGUUCCUAGAUGAUAAUUACAGAACAGUGGAUGAAAUGGGAAGACGUUUAAGUGAAAACAGAUUAUUGAGGGAGAAUUCCCUGGAUGAUGUAAGAGCCAACAUGAUAAAAUUAUUUAAGACGUACGGAGGACAGUGUCGUAUUGGGAAAGUGCAAGGAAGGUGUGAAGACGCAACGUUUCAAACGGAUAUACCUCCUGCGUUUGGUAUAUUCGAUGGAGUAGGUUCGUGGAGUUUGGAAGGAAUAGAUGCUUCUAAAUUUUCCAUCGGGUUGUCACUUGCUUGCCAGAGGGAGGCAGAGAAAUUAUCGAAAAAUUUAAACGACUAUGCGAAGGUUUCCUACAAUACAAUAAUCAGAUCGAAGCUGUUGCUAAAAAAUUCACUAGACAGCGUAAAGAAAGAGUAUGCAGAUGCGUAUGGCAGCUCGACCGCCAUCGUAGGGUUGAUAGAUGAAUAUACUGGGAAGUGUGGGAUAGCCUCUUUAGGAGACAGCGUGUGUAUGAUUCUUCGAAGGGAGUUCCUUCCAGGGGAUAUAAAUUUCGAAAGAGAAACUUACCCGAAAUUUCCAGUGGAAUCCUUUUUGUAUUAUAAUAAUAAAGGAAGGAACCCUUCCAUAGUGCGUAAAAUUAUAUGGAAGACGAGUGAACAGAAAUGGGAGAACGGAGCCCCCUACCAGCUAUCCAACUUACCUGAUCGUAGUCAAUGGAAAGAUUUAGAAAAUAGAGGCCUACACAGUUUUGUAAAGAUUUUAGAAAAGGUAGAUAUUGAUGGAGAUCCACCCGAAGCAGCGGUCAGCCCUCCAUCGGAAAUUUUAUGUAUGCCCGGAGAUUUGAUCUUACUAAUGAGUGAUGGCGUGAGUGAUAAUCUCUUCGAUGAAGAAAUAGAAGCCUAUUGUACCUUUGCCAUCAGCCCAGAAGAAGCAUGCGAGUUAGGAGACCCAAGUGCAUUCACCCCUGCGCAGGACAUAGCUUAUUCCAUUACGAACAUAGCUAAGAGGAGAAGUGGGGACAAACUUCACUGCAAACCGUUUUUUCCAUUUCUUGGCAAGUAUAGAGAACCAAAUAGAACCUACAAAGGCAACAAAGUAGAUGAUAUUUCCUGUGUUGCCAUAUGGGUAGUCUGCGAAACGGAAGACAGUGUAAAAAAUUUUGUUGCUAAUCCGGAUCAGCCAUCCAUACUGGAAACGGACAAGUACUACUCGAAUAAUUAUUUCCAACAUUUUAACAAAAUAACGGACAUUUGUACACCUACGAAGAAGUUUAUUAAAGAGAAGAAUCGCAUAGAACGAGUCAAUUUGCAACACAUUAAUAUGGAUUCUGGCAGUGGAAGCGGGGAGAGAGAGACCGCACAUGGAAAAUUUGGCCACUCCAAUAGUUCCAAUAUGAAUGCCCAGCUUUCUGCCAACUUUUUCGACUCCUCCGAGACGCCCAUUAAGUUUAGCUUGUCCGAUGAUAACAAGUAUCAGGACUUAAGCGACAUAGUGUUGAAGGACGAGGAUGACACUAGCAGCGGCGAUGGGGACGAUGACCGUGGUGAUGCCGACAAUGGCCACGGUGGUAACAGUCACGGUGACCGUAGCGACGAUGAGAAGGUCACCCUUCCACCUGACAACCCCAACGCCAUCGACUCGAACAAGCUGAGCGACGACAUGGAUUCCAUGAAGACGCCAAACAGCAACAGCCUCAAGUCAAGAUUCAAAGAUCAAAUUUUCAACCGGGAUGACUUCGAUCACACCCCGAGGCAAAGAAUAUCAGAUGAACGCCUAGAAGAACAUAUAGAGAGAAUAAAUAACAUGUACAUUAAAACCCCCAUUUUACAUAUUGAUAAAAACUUCAAGACGAACAAAACAAGUGUAAAAAAAACCAAGGCGUCCAACAGGGGAAAAGUCAUGAGCAAUAAAAAAAUGGAACAAGCAGACAUGUCAAGUAUGUUAAAUUACGAGACACCCAAGAAGCAAAUGAUGAUGAGAGGUGGAACCAAGGAGAAAGCGAGCCUAGUUACAUCGAUAAAUGAAAAGGCAAUUAUGAAUUCCUUUAUAAAUAAUGAAACCCCCGUUAAGUCCAGUAUCACGAAGGAUACUUCAUUGAAGGUAGAUAAAAAAAUUACAAAAAAUAAAAGAAAGUCGGUGUUCAAUUUUGAUAAAAAUGAAUCCCCAACUAAAAUUGGCUACUCUAAAAAGAGGAGUAAAAAAUCUUAG